AAGAAGACCACUGGUAGAGCAGCUGGAUUUCCUCACCGUGUGCUUGGGACUGUAACCUUUGAUCGCGAACUUUGACAAAGUGAACUUUGACCUUGCAGUGAAGCUCAAGAUUUGUUGCAGACAUGAUGUGGGAAACCUUGCCUGGAUCGAAAUUAACCUGGAUUACACUGUGAAGGUGAAGGUAGAAAGUGUGUGUGUGUGGAUUUGAAUUCAGCAGCAUGGAUCAGUGUGAGGACCGAGAGGAGGGAGUCCCUCCCUCUAAAACCACUCUGUGUGGGGAGCAUGAGAGCCAGACCAAAGCUCAGAGGAACCAACCUGAAGCUGAACCCAGUUGUGUGUCCUUAAAGAGUGAUGCCUCAGUUGAACGCCACAUUGAAUUUAGAAAACAACAACCCUCUGCUGCAGGGAGAAAUACAGUUAGGACUACAGCUGGAUCUGACUCCAGUCCUGAACCUAGCAAUGUGUCCUUGAAGAGCACCGCCUCGGCUGAACGGGUCAUUGAAUUUAAAGGACAGCCCUGUACUGCGGAGAGUAUCACCAGGUCAGAUGUUCCCACUGGUCCGACUGUCCCGCAGGAUAAAACACACCUGGACUCCAUAUUUAAGCUGUUGGAGGAGAACCUCAAUGCUUUUGUGAAGAAUGAACUGAGAAAGAUCCAGAAGGUUCUAAGUCCAGAUUACAUAAAGAGUCAGGCAGAGGAGGUGUUGCGGGGUGACCAUGAGAUGGAGCGGAAGAGCAGCAGUGAGGCAUUUCUUAGGAUCACAGCGAACUUCCUGAGAAUAAUGAAGCAGGAGGUGCUGGCUCAACGUCUGGAGAAUAGAUUCCCCAUCAUGUGUCAGAAUAAACUUAAAUCUAACCUGAAGAAGAAGUUCCAGUGUGUGUUUGAGGGAAUUCCUAAAGAAGGAAAUCCCACCGUUCUGAAUCAGAUCUACACAGAGCUGUACAUCACAGAGGGAGGAACUGCAGAGGUCAACCAAGAACAUGAGAUUAGACAGAUUGAAACAGCAUCCAGGAAAUCAGACAGACCAGAAACAACAAUUAGACAAGAAGACAUCUUUAAAACUUCACUUGGAAGAGAUAAGCCAAUCAGAACAGUCCUGACAAAGGGAGUGGCUGGCAUUGGAAAAACAUUCUUAACGCGGAAGUACACACUAGAUUGGGCCGCUGAAAAAGCCAACCAGGACAUCCAAUUCAUGUUUCCAUUCACUUUCAGAGAGCUGAAUUUGUUGAAAGAGAAAAAGAUCAGUCUGGUGGAACUUGUUCAUCACUUCUUUACUGAAACCAAAGAAGCAGGAAUCUGCAGCUUUGAAGACUUCCAGGUUCUGUUUAUCUUUGAUGGUCUGGAUGAGUGUCGACUUCAUCUGGACUUCGACUACACAGAGACCCUGACUGACGUUACAGAGCCCACUGCAGUGGGUGUGCUGCUCACAAACCUCAUCAGGGGUAAGCUGGUUCCAUCUGCUCGAAUAUGGAUAACCACACGACCUGCAGCAGCCAAUCAGAUCCAUCCUGAGUGUGUUGACAUGGUGACAGAGGUUAGAGGGUUCACUGAACAACAGAAGGAGGAGUACUUCAGGAAUAGAUUCAGAGAAGAGCAGGCCAGCAAAAUCAUCUCCCAUAUCAAGACAUCACGAAGCCUCCACAUCAUGUGCCACAUCCCAGUCUUCUGCUGGAUCACUGCGACAGUUCUGGAGGAUGUGCUGAAAACCAAAAAGAGGAGAGAGUUGCCUAAGAACUUGACUGAGAUGUACAUCCACUUCCUGGUGGUUCAGGCCAAAGUGAAGAAGGUCAAGUAUGAUGGAGGAUCUGAGACAGAUCCACACUGGAGUCCAGAGAGCAGGAAGAUGAUUGAGUCUUUGGGAAAACUGGCUUUUGAGCAGCUGCAGAAAGGAAACCUGAUCUUCUAUGAAUCAGACCUGACAGAGUGUGGCAUCGAUAUCAGAGCAGCCUCAGUGUACUCAGGAGUGUUCACACAGAUCUUUAAAGAGGAGAGAGGCCUGUACCAGGACAAGGUGUUCUGCUUCAUCCAUCUGAGUGUUCAGGAGUUUCUGGCUGCUCUUCAUGUCCAUCUGACCUUUAUUAAGUCUGCUAUCAAUCUGCUGGAAGAUCAAAUCUCCCAGAAGUGUGAAACAAGAGAAUUUGCAGUGACACAAUUCUUUGUGAGUGCUGUGGACAAGACUUUAAAGAGUCCAAAUGGACACCUGGACUUGUUACUCCGCUUCCUUCUUGGUCUCUCACUGAAGGAAAAUCAGACUCUCCUACGAGGUCUUUUGACACAGAUAGGAUGUAGCUCACAGACCAAGCAGGAAAAUAUCCGGUACAUCAAAGAGAAGAUCAGUCAGAAUCUGUCUGCAGAGAAAAGCAUCAACCUGUUCCACUGUCUGAAUGAACUGAAUGAUCAUUCUCUAGUGGAGGAGAUCCAACAAGCCCUGAGUUCAGGAAGUCUCUCUACAGAUAAACUGUCUCCUGCUCAGUGGUCAGCUCUGGUCUUCAUCUUACUGUCAUCAGAAGAAGAUCUGAAUGUGUUUGACCUGAAGAAAUACUCUGCUUCAGAGGAGGCUCUUUUGAGGCUGCUGCCAGUGACCAAAGCCUCCUGCAAAGCUCUACUGAAUAUCUGUAACCUGUCAGUGAGAAGCUGUGAAGGUCUGUCCUCAGUUCUCAGCUCCCUGGCCUCUAAUCUCAAAGAACUUAACCUGAGUAACAACAACCUGCAUGAUUCAGGAGUGAAGCUGCUGGCUUCCGGACUGAAGAGUUCGCAUUGUAUAGUGGAAAGUCUCAGUCUAUCGGGCUGUCUGAUCGCAAAAGAAGGCUCUGAUUCUCUGGCCUCAGCUCUAACGUCCAACCCCUCCCAUCUGAGAGAACUCGACCUGAGCUACAAUCAUCUGGGAGAGUCAGCAGUGAAGCUCUUGUCUUCUGGACUGGAGAAUCCAGACUGGAGUCUGGACACUCUCAGGGUGGAGCCUUCAGGAGAACAAUGGUUGACACCAGGUCUGAGGAAGUAUUCCUGUCAACUCACAAUCGACACAAACACAGUACACAAGAAUCUUAAGCUGUCUGACAACAACAGGAAGGUGACAUAUGUUAAGGAGGAGCAGCCAUAUCCUGAUCAUCCAGACAGAUUUGAUGAAUGGUGCCCCCAGGUGCUGUGUAGAGAAGGUCUGACUGGUCGCUGUUACUGGGAGGUCGAGAAAAAUGGACAGGUUCACAUAUCAGUGAGUUAUGAAAGAAUCCCAAGAAAAGGGCACAGAGAUGAAAGAAAUGACAUUGAAUUCGGAUUUAACGAUCAGUCCUGGUGUCUCAGCUUCUCUAAACAAGGUUGCUUUGCUUGGCACAACAAUAGAGAAACGUUCAUCUGCUCUUCCUAUUCUUGGUCUGGCAGAGUAGCAGUGUAUGUGGACUGUCCUGCUGGCACUCUGUCCUUCUACAGAGUCUCCUCUGACACUCUGAUCCACCUCCACACCUUCAACACCACAUUCACUGAACCUCUUUAUCCUGGGUUUGGGUUUGUGUUCAGAACAACAUCAGGGUUUUCGAUCUCUCUUGAUUCUUCAGCUUCUCUGUGUUCAGUUUAGUAUAAAUAGCGUCUUGCCUUAUUAUUUCUCUCUGUACUGUCCAAACUUUGAUGUCACCAUGUCUUGAUGAAUGAAUGAAGUUAUAAGUGUAAUCAAAUAGAAAACAUCAUUUUAUGGUCUUCAACUUUAAAGAAACCUCUCUAUAUAAAGAAUGACAUUUAUAUUGAGGAAAAAGGAUUUAUUUUCAAUAUAAAUGUCGGUUUUUAAGCCUUCCUUGCAUACUGUCUGGGUAAAAUUUGACCCUUUUUUUUUUUACAGUAGAGUUCAUUACCCUUAGUACCAUUCGUUUUAGCCUUUGAAUUUUUUAAUUUGAUUUUUGCCAAAGUGAUACCACAAUUAAAAUAUUUCAGAACUUAGUGUAUGUUGCUACAGAUGUUUGUACACUGAGCAUGUUCCAGGACAGAUUUGAUUAUGCAUUGAAUCAGCAGCAGAUGUUAGCACUUCCAGACGAGCUGUUGAACAGAGAUGAACUUCAUCACAUCUUCACUAAUGUCAUGUAACUGUGUGUUGUGAUGUUACGUCUGACAUUAAAGCCCUGUCAUGUGACUGACUUAACAUGUUUAUUGAACAUCUUGAACAUUUAUGUUAACAAAAAAACUCUGUAAACACUUAUCCACUCUCUUUCUGUCACUCUUGGGGAGGCACUUCAAGUCUUUGAAACAAGGAACCAAAGCUAUAUAAAGCGUGUGUUCUCAACAAUAUUAAUAGGUCUGCAGUUUGUUGCAAUCCGCUUGGCAAUUGUGUCAGUCAAUAUGUCCGAGGUAGACUUACUGAGUCCCCAAUGCUCCGUGAGUGGUUUGUUGCAAGCUGGGUGACGCAUUAGCCAAAGUCCUAGCAGCAUCCCCAACUAACUUAUGCUUCGCGUCACUGUGAUAUUUUAAGAUGGAGGCGCUUUGGUGAAAAGAAAAUUCCUUCUUGCACAAUGUGUCGGUGUUGGUCGACUGUUCCAUCUUGUUAUUUUUUUAAUACUCAAAUUUCGCAUCGAGAGGGCCAAUGUGCGUUUAUCAUCUUCCAUAUUGAGUUGAUUGGUUCAGCUGCCCGUCACUACCAGAUCAGCUGCCCAUUUGCGCAUGUACGAAGGUAACUGUAUUUGGACAAACUGCCCAAAAUGCAUUGACAGAAACAUUUCAGGGAUUUUGAGUCAUUCUGCACUCCAGAUGCGUUAAUUGCAUAAAAAAUUUUAAUCG